UGCCUACCAGCAUCUUUCGAGCAACACUUUUUCUCCAGUUUAGGAUAAAAAGGUCCGCCGUCAUCCCCAAAUGAGCGUCAUAUCGUCACGCACUAGAGAGCACCAUCACUCUCCGAGUUGCUGAAAAGGAAAGAGUGAUGGCUUCUGUGCUGCAUGAAGAGGACGAUAAGACCGCCCCGCUUGACUUAAUGGAGACGCUGCCGCCUCUGUCACCGACGAUGCAGCGCGCGUUCUUCGACGCCAUCGCCGACGAAGAGGGGGACAAUACAGUCAGUCAAAGUGAAGCGAGUCCGGCGCCAUGGACCUCGCCGUCGGAACUGUCUUCACCCAAUUUGGAGGCGAUGACUGCUGAGUGGCACGAGGAGCUGACGACUAUGAGUCCAAGUGAGACCAAAACAGGUGCAGGAGACUCGCCAGAGGCCAGAAGAGCUCGACGCUCAGCGAUCGAGAAAAAAUCGAGACAAAGGAGGCAAAAUGUGCUCCGACGCAUGCGCCAGGAGGUCAAGCAGCUGGAAAAUGUGUACGCGGAGAUGGCAAAGCGGCAAAGUGGGGCUUUGACGCCCAAGAAUGCCACGUUGCAACACAAGUACUCGCAGUUGUCGCUUGUUACACAGGCGCUCGAGGAAGAUCGCGCGAAGAUGUUGAAGCUGCUAGAGAGCCACGAAGUGUUUCAACGCACGGCAGAGGCAAUGGCAAAAAGAGGUACCAGUCGUCGGGAAACCCUAGCGAACCCGAACAAGGACGAUCUCGUUUGGGACACGGGAGUGCCUCCAAGUUCGUCGUUUGCAGUGCAGAUACGCCAACGCUCGCCAGCGGAAUGCUACGAGCUGGUUCGCGAGACAUACGAAACUAUCAAACGCUUCGACGAUGGCGGACACUUUGUGUCGACCGGUGCGAAUUUCAUGGGCUGGACAGACAAACGCAAAUACGACGAGACACGAGCGCUACAGUACGGCUUUGCCAAGACUUUCCCACUCGAAAGCGCUGAAAAGCUGCUCAUGCAGACGUGGGACGUUUUUUGCCAUGCCGACACCAUGGCGCAUUUAUCGUUCAAUGCGUCGGUCAUUACUCGGUUCCAGAUCGUUCAGACACUGGGCGACGACCUCUGCAUCAUCCGGCGAGACCACAAGUUUCCUCAUUUGCCACUAAAUUUCGUCACAGUGCAUAUCGUGUUUCGACUGCAAACGCCUACAGGUUACACGCUGUGUAUGCGGACAAUUCCUGCUCCCGAACUGAAGGACGCCUUGGAACCGCAUGAGUUCUACUAUGACGUUUUCCACUGGACUCAUUUUAACCACGCCUUUGACGAGGGCGGCCAGCCCGCAGGGUGUGAUAUCUCGACCGGCGGCUAUAUUGCCGACGUGAAGCAACUCGUGUCCAAGUACUGGCUGUUCGAGCUGGUCAUGUCCGUGCUGCGCUGGGAGAACAUGUGCGUGGCCCCACUCUUCCUCAAGUGCGUGUGAUCAGCGUCAACUUUUCCAAUGACACUUUCAUGAACUCUAACUAAAAAUCCAAUUGUUGCAUGGUCCCCCUCAAUCGUAAAAUGGAAAUACAUUUGAACGAAUAUUCCUA